GGGUAAAUUUAUGAACAACAACGCGCGGGAUUGUUUAGAAGGAAAAUUUUCAUUAUUAUUGUCUGAAGUCGCAACCUGAUCGCCGAGAAGAAUUUUCAGUUUCGGGCGAAGGACGAAAGAAAUCGCGUUGUAGCGAAGAAACAAGUGUCUAUCAAAUGUGACUUCAGCUUUUCAUUCAUUGAUAUUCCUGGCGGCAUAUGUCAAGGUAAACGUGCUUUCAACCAUCAACAAGAAACUCACUGUUUAUCUUAUUUGCAUGCCGUAUUUUAGCGAGAUCUUGCUUGCUUAAGAGCUCGGAACGGAAAGAGUUUGAGUUGGAAACAAGUUUGGUAGAUCGUUAAAGUGGUUUCCUGGUGUUUUAUUCGCCAAUCGAAAGCGAAAUUGCCAGCUUUAUUGUUGUUUACACGAAGCUUCCAUUGUUGUUGUUUAUGGCGUGGCAACUCGAAGAGAAAAGCGCUUCGGAAGAACUUUCUACAGGUAACAGUCAACAUAUGAAUCGCGGAAAAAGUUCCUUGAUUCUUUGGGGAGUUCUUUUUUUCUAGUUUCCAGCAGUUUUACUAAGAUAUAUACCUAUUCAAGACACGGAAGAGUUCAAUCAGAAUGAGUCAUCAGGCCAGAAAUUUAUUCAAAUCAUAGCCAUAUGGCACAUGGAGCAAUUAAUGCGCUCUUUCCCGUGGACUCAAUUGUAGUCAGUCUGUUAUACAGUUUGCUUAUCUCUUUUGCCAGGAGAUCUAAUCCUUUAACUGAAAUCAUGCCCAAAAAAAUUGCAAAAGCAUGAAUUUUUGCGGACAGCAAAGAAAUUGACAUAACCACUGAAUUUCCGGCUUCGCGUACUUCCACGCUCAUCUUCCGCGUGCAGAUCUUUGAACCGUGAAAAUGAGACGAGAAUUUGAAUUUAAUGCGCCCUUUCUUCGCGUAAAAUGUUUAGAGAAAUGGUUUAAGAAAUGAUAACCUGCUCUGCGUUUUUUUAACAGCUGUGGAGACGGGUACUUUUUCGACGCAGUGAAGUCCACGAGAAAUAGGGCACUUCAAUAUUCUGAGCAAGCAAAACAGUUAAUCAAUGGCGAACAACUCAACCGACAAUGAAGCAGUGGUUAGUGUCACGUCCUCUACAACAAGUCUGCGAGGAUCAACAGUAAGAAGAGUUUAAAAAUAGCUUUAUACUUACAUUUUGUUCACGCGACGUAUAUCCCCUGGCAGAAUCUACGAAAAUGCAAAAAAGUUAUCAGGAAUCAUUUCGAACGCAGCACAUGUGAGCUAAUUUAUUACGCCUGGAUUAACAUAAGCUUAUUUUGUUAGUGAUAUCGAAAUUAUGAAAACCACUGUUGAAAAAUGAAAGUUUUGUGCAAUGUUAAAGCAUCUCAAAAUCUUGUUUCGUUGCUGUCCAACCGCCGAUUAAAAAUGUAACGAAAAUCUUUGUUGGAGUAAAUUACACCGUGUUAUCCCCUGUGCAAAAGUAAUAAUCCUUCUGGGGUAGGGAGGGUAUGAUUGCGCGUAGGCAAAAAUUUGUAGCCACCGAUUAUAAGAUAUAUAUUUUUCUUUAAAUUACAUGUAACUUUUGAAUUAUGAAAGUGAAUGUUUUACCAAUCUACUUCAAUUGUCGAAUAGAAAUUAAGAGAAGCUAAUAACUUUUGAUAAUCUUUAAAGUUAGGGAAGUGAUUUUGUGACUCGGUUGAAAAAGGAGAAAAUAGAGUCACUGACUCGCUGAGGAUAAUAUUGGCUUAAUAGCACUAUAUAUUAUGCACGUUAUGAAUACAUUAUUACACACAUGCCAACUCUCCUGGAUUAUCCGGGAGUCUCCCAGAUACGACAACAAUCUCCCGGUCUCCGGUACAGGGAGUUUUGAGUUUUUCUGUACUUUAAUUUAGAAUUUAUCCCAUUUUCUCCCAAAAUUUGAAUUUUCUUUGAUUCAAAGCUUGGUUUCUGGGGCAUUUUCGCAUGUAUUUCAUCACUGACAAAGGUUAUUUCACCAUUACAUUCCUAAUUGUGGUCUGUACCUGAUGUAAGACUUCAUAUAAUGUCCUAAGCCGAUAAGGGACUGGAUACAAUUGUGCUUAUGGGGGGGUUGGGGUCAGGGGGGUUGAUUGUUGAUAUUCAGGAGGGGGGAGGUUAGUUCAAAAGAAAGAGUCUCCAGAUUUUAGAUUUCCAGAUGUUGGCAUCUCUGUUAUUAUUAGAAAAUAACAGUAUGAGCUAUUUUGUUCCUCACAGGCCAGAGUUACUUCUCCCUCAAAAACUCCUGCAAGAUCUUCAAGUGUGGAUCUUACAACCAAAGGAAGCCAAGACUUGUGCUCCUCCUCAAAUUGUGCAUGUGGGUCACACACUCCACACAAGGUCACACAGCAAAAUAAGCAUAACACCUCUCAAUCUUGCUGCUGCAGCCGUGACGUUCAUGUUCCAGGGAUGGUCUAUCAGCAUGUCACACCGGCAGUCACUAAUGUUAUGAUUGAUGCAUCAAAUGCUGCGUCUCAGGAUUCCAAAGUGUCUUCUAAACACGGAAGCGUCCACUACUGUGCAACAUGUCCACCUGGGCCACACACCCACCAUGUGUUCUCACCUGCUGGGUGUCAUCCACAGCAGUCUGCAGCAUUCAUGGAGCAUGCUCACUGUGGUUGUCAACCUGGAUUUGUUGAUGGGCAUUUUCACUUCCCGCAUCAACAGACCCCACCCCGACCAGUUACUGUCAUGGCAGCACAUCCACCACCAUUACUAUUGCGACCUGUUCAGCCUCAGCAUAUGCAACAACAUCAGGUGAGACAACAGUCAUGUCCACAAUAAUUUGUGGUGAAUGAACAUUAUACCUGGAGGCACAACAGCACCAAGCUUUAACAUCCCUUGACCUGGCCUGAAAAAAACAGCCCACAUUUCAUGACUCAACCAAUGGCUUUCCCAUGAAAUGAUGCUUUAGGGAAAGUUCAUUUAAUAUGACAAGGGGGGGGGGAUGAAGAUAUUGAGGGGGGGCUCCGAAAAUUUUUAGACACCCAAAGGGGGGGCUCUGAAAAAAUUGUUGCGCUAGGAGGGGGGGCUCCGAAAAUUUGUAUACUUCAAAACCAACACAUGACAUCAUCAUACAGAUCAGAUAGUUUUCAACUCAACAAUUUAAUGACCUGUGCAACUCAGCUAUAUCACAUGGUUUACAGAUGUAACAAAUGUAGUCUCAGUAAUUAUUACACUCUUGUUCAUCCCAAAAAUGCUUUAGAAAAUUGUAUCACAACUGUAUCUCAAGUUUGUCAUAGUAUAAACCAUUGAAGACAAUAACGGUAAAUAUAUUUAAUACAGUCUAGCGAUCUUUUUUCAGGGGAGCAAAGGAAUUGAAGGAGGAGAGGGGGGGGGGCUCUGAAAUUUUUUCGACUACCAAGGAGGGGGCUCCUAAAAAUUUGAACCGCUAGCGAGGGGGGCUGCUAAAAUUUCAAGCUUCGAGUUUCAAUAUCUUCAUCCCCCCCCCUUGUCAUAUUAAAUGAACUUUCCCUUAGUAACUAGUUCAGAAAUAACAUGCUGAUGAUGUAUGUUGACUCAGAACUGGCAAUAGCCUGUUCCAGGUUCUCAGAUAGUGGGGAAGAUGCGAAAGUUUAGGGCGCGUGAAAAUGGGGGCAGGGCGGGAAAAAGUUUCUUCCCAUUUUUUUUUCUUGUUUGCACUUUCUCAAUUCAGAGGGCCCGACUAUCUCAGAGCCUGGAAAAGGCUGAGGAAAAUUUGCUUCAAACAGACAUCAUUUUACUGGGAAACCUGAGUGGUGGCAUCUCGAAGUAUUGGCAAUUUUCUCAGGGUACCCUUGACCUUGACCUCAUUUUGCCUUCGUCGUUUCUUCAAACUUGAGUGUCUGACACUUUUCUUAAUGCCCGUACCCAUUGCCUUCUACAGCAACUCCAAGUCCCCCAUUAAAUUAAUAAAGUACAGUCGUCAGUUUGCCUUCCAAACCAUCAGUCGGUUGCCGGGAAUCAAUUAUAAAGAUACUGGUGAUCAUGGUGAUGACUAUGAUGAUGAUGAUGUUGUGAUGAUGAUGAUGAUGAUGAUGACAAUAAUGAUGAUGAUGAUUACCCCUGUAACUUAAUGUAAAUUCAAAUCUGUCAUCACUCUAUAGUGUUAUGAACAGUGCAAUAAUACUAACAGACCAUGUUUCUGACUUGAUGGCUUUUGCAGGCAAUAUUGGAGCAAGAGCUUCGCCCUUAUUUUGACGGCAAAUGGAAAGGUCUUGGAGACCCUCAUCUUUCUAACUUUGGUAACAAAUUUUAUUAUAAUUUAUCAUUUUCAAAAGAAGAUUGUGUGUAUAGUUGUUUGUUUUUGUAAGUUUUUGUUUUUUUGUCACUAAACUUCAUUUAUGGAUGGUAUUUAUUGUGGGUGAAAAAAACAGGGCAGUAUUUUUUUUUUCCUGGAACAAAAUAUGAAGUGUAUAAAUAUUUUAAUCAAAAAAUCUUUUUUUAAAUAAUUGAAAUUGAUAUCAUUAUUUUCAGGUGGAAGAUCUCAGCCAUCAGAAGGUGCAGUGUAAGUUACAUUCAUGUUUGUUUGUUUGUUUGUUUUUUUUUUGUUUCGUUUUUCAGAUAUGCCUGAGAAAACAGCCAACACUUGAAUACACCACCACUGGUUUCCCUGUGAAAUGGCAACUCGGCUGUGUGUUGUGCAGGAAAUUUGCUUCAACCAAUCAGAUGCACUACCCGGAUUUGGGUAAUAAAACAUCAUCAGUAUGGAAUUUCUACAGUCAUUCCUCUGAUCAAUGCCAUUUUAUAGGAAAAUCAGUGAUGGACUGUCAAGAAAGAAGUUGGUAGUGUUCUCAUGCCACUCUUCUAUCACCCUUAGUAGUACGUUGUACAUUACAUACUCACAGCUGUGCAGAUUGUUAAAGUGCGAUUAUGUCGUACAAAGGUUUUAACGACAUGUGGAAGAUAUAGUACAUGUACAUCUUGCAUAUGAUAACAAUAUUAGUCAGUGUAAGUUAGAAAGUAUUUUUUCCUUUACUUGUUAAUUUUCUAGUUGCCAAGGGCACCCAUUUAUAACAGCUUCAGCUGAC